CAGUCGCCAGGGGCGUCCCGGUCGCGGCCAGUCCAGCUGGCCCGCGAGGAAUAGUUGCUAGAGCCAGUCUUCGGCGGGCAACCAAGCGGAGCGGUCCUCAGCUGUCAGCACCUGUCGUUCUCUCGCGCAGGUCGUUAACAUCUCACUUCCGCCGCAGUUAUAACUCAUCCAACCGUCGCCAUGCUUGCCAACUUUGUGGCAGCAAUUUUCCUGCUCGCUGGCUCGUCUGUGAUCGCAGAGGAUCCUGCAGAUACGGUCAAAUUCCAGUUAUAUGAAAGGACUUCAGAGCACGCACCGCUUGAACUGGACCAUGAGCUGACUGGGUUCAACGCCAGCAAGCCGACAAUCCUGAUCAUACACGGCUUUGGGGGAUCUUCCAAGGCCAAGUCGGCACUCAUCAUUAAAGAUGCCGUGCUGGCGACGCGCGACUGGAACGCCGUGCUGGCGGACUGGGCCCAGCUGGCCAGCUCUGAGCGGCCCUACGAGGCGGCGGUGAAGGGCACACAGGCCGCGGGCUCCGCCGUGGCCCGCUUCGUGCGCUCGCUGCUGGCGCUGCCUGGCGCCGCGCGCUCGGACCUGGUGCUGGCGGGCUUCAGCCUGGGCGCGCACGUGGCCGGCGUGGCGGCGGCUCGCCUAGCUCCGCUCCGGCUCGCCAGGAUCGUGGCGCUGGACGCGGCCGGACCCUUGUACAAGGGGAAGGACGCGGCGGACAAGCUGGACGCUGGAGACGCGGACUUCGUCAUGGCCAUCCACACGUCGGCGGACUUCUACGGCACGGACUCUCGCGUGGGGCAUGCGGACUUCCGCCCCAACGGCGGCCGCUCGCCGCAGCCCCCCUGCGUGCACGACGAGGUCAAGGACGUAUGCAGCCACUUCAUGGCGCCGGUGCUGUUCGCCGAGUCAGUGUACAACCCCACCGCCUUCCUGGCCACCAAGUGCGGAUCCUGGGCGGAGUACACCGCCGACAAGUGUCCUCGGGAGAAGGUGUACAUGGGCCUGGAAACUCCCGCGACGACCCGCGGGGACUUCUUCCUGAGGACGAGGGCGGCUCCCCCCUUCGGCGAGUCCUCCCCGGGCAGGCGCGUGGUCCUGCACACGCCGCAGGAGCUGGAGUCCGACGACGGCCUUCUGGACGACGUGUACGACCAGGAGGAAGCAGAGGUUACCGUGGUCCCCGCUGCUGCCGGCUCGGCGCCCGCCGCGGCGUCUGCGCAGGUGCUACUGGUGUUGUCCGCGGCGACGGCUGUGUCUGCGUUCCGCCGGUAGCCGUCAUCCGGACCGCCCGACCAACUAGACAUCCCCGCGACACUCCUGAAGGACGUGGACUCUAAUACCGUGCAACCAUCACGCGAACUUGUCAAUCAUUCAAAUAACUCUCUUAACUGUAGCGAAACAGUCGAAAACUACCGCAGAUCGCCGGCUUACAAAUGCAAAUGAAAGCAAGUUUCAUUGAACCGGUGUACAUUGGUGUAAAAAUUUCCCCUUCGUUCGUGAAAAUUUGAAACGAAUGAAAGUUUUUUGUGUGUGUAUGUAAAUUUGCAAAUGUUAAAGGCUUUAUAUUUUUGUUAGUACUGUUUUGAUAUUUAGAACACUAUAAAUGCUUGUGUUAGCCGAAUGUACAUAUAAAGUUUUGUAUUAAACACGUAUUUUUGAAAA